AGGCAAGUUAAAUAUCAAACAAUCUGACGCUUCACCAUUGGUAGCCAUCUUUGCAUGAGAGACUGAGAGGGGAGACAUUAUUCUUCUAUCCAUCUCCAAGCAGAAGAGGGAGCAAAAUUCAAGCUGUUGACACCCCCACAAAUGUCACCGGCGACAGUGUGUGGCUCCCACGGCUCACUGAAUAGGCUGGAAAACAUACAGGAGGACAGCCCUGCGAGUUGGCUUCCAGCGACUUGUCCCCCGCCGGAAACUCCGACCGAGUCGAUGGAGUUCCUUGCUAGGUCAUGGAGUAUUUCAGCAGCAGAACUCUCUAAAGCUCUUACCCAUACUUGUGUGGCAGUGAACAACACUUCCGACAAGUUACCUCUCGGUUCUGUUGGUGGUAAACCACAGAUUGCCAUCCCCACAGCUCGAAAGGAAUCUGUGUUACAGAAACUGGAACCUUUAGCAGGUGCUGAAAGCCCUCCGGACUCUCCAAGAGAAAGUGAUGAUACACAGGAGCUCUUUUUACUCCAUCGAGCCCUAAAUCCAGAUUCCCUCAUUAGUCAGCAACUAGUAAAAAAUGGGUUGUAUAAGAACAUUGUGAGAGGAAGGACAGUGGGCAGAUGGUUGAAAGAUCAAAAGGAGAGGAAGAAGCAGGAGUUAAGAACCCACAAUGCCCAAUUGCACUCAGCAGUAUCUGUGGCCGGGGUCGCUGCUGCUGUGGCUGCUCUCACUGCCUCAUUAGCGACAUUGCCUGAAAAGUCGACUACUCAACACAAGGCACCUUCCAAAACAUCAGCUGCGGUUGCAUCUGCAGCAGCUUUAGUAGCAUCACAUUGCAUUGAGAUAGCAGAGGAAAUGGGAGCUGAGCAGGAACACAUCUUGGCAGUGGUCAGUUCUGCAGUUAACGCAAGGACUAAUGGAGACAUCAUGGCCCUAACCGCUGGAGCGGCUACAGCCUUGAGAGGGGCUGCCACACUAAAAGCAAGGCUGCAGAAGGGUUAUAGCACUGCAGCUAUUGCUCUGACUGGUGAACAGGUUGAAGAGGGCAGAGAGUCAAAUGUCGCAGAAACACUGAAUUUUGUUUCGAAAGGAGGAGAGCUUCUCAAGCGUACAAGGAAAGGAGCUCUCCACUUGAAGCAAGUUUCUUUCAACAUAAACAUGAAUUGGCAGGUGGUAGCUAAAAUGAAGAGCAAGCAUAUGGCAGGAACAUUCACAAAGAAAAAGAAGUGUAUAAUUUCUGGAGUCUAUAGUGACAUCCCAGCAUGGAAAGGAAGAGAGAGGGAGGAAAGCACCGAGAAGAGGGCUUACUUUGGGAUAGAAACUGGUGACAGGAUAAUAGAAUUCGAAUGCAGAAAUAAAAGUGACAAACAAAUGUGGAUAGAGGGGAUUCAGCAUAUGAUGAAUGGCGAAGCCUACUUGACAUGAUUUUGAGAGAAAAAGGCUAUGUCCAAAUUGUAAACCGGAAGAAACCUAUGUUAUGUUCUUCACAAACCAAACUACCAUGGAAAGUCUACCUCAAACAAGAAAAACUAGUUUUUUAAAAGAGCCAAACCAAACCGAGCCUUAUGUCCCAAUCACUUGAGGUCGGCUACAUUAAUCAUUUUCCUCCAUUGAGCUCUGUCAAGGACCACUUGUUCACACAAACCUACUAUACUUGUAUCGUUGCGCACCACAGCAUAUAAUGUCAAUUUAGGUCUA